UCUGAACUGAACCACCUCUUUUGCUUUCUUAGCCAAAUGACCAAAAUGUCCAGUUAGAACAAGAAUUCAGCAUUCUUCAAAAGAAGUUAACAACUGAGUAAAGAGGAAACAUUCUGAAAUGGACCUCAAAUAUUUCACCAUAAUUUUGUUUUGUGGACAUCUGAACAUUACUUUUUUCUCAGAGACAGAAGCAACUACAACAGAGAAGCAACCACAGUUUACUUUACUUAGAUCAUCAAGGCCAUAUGUCUCAGCUAAUUCUCAAAGCACAACGGAGAACCCUUCGGGUCAACCAACACAAUUCAACAACCUUUCUUCUGGACAACCAGUAACAACUGCCGAAGUUGCUGCUGGACAACCAACACCAGCUGUCUAUGUGUCUUCUGGGAAGCCAGCAGCACAUACUUCUGCUGGACAACCACUCGCCUAUAAUGUCACCAGAAAACCAACACCAAUGGCCAACACCUCCUCCCAAGGAACAGCACUACCUGUGUUCACCUCUGCCAGACAACCACCACCAUCUGCCUACACCCCCACGCAGCAACCACCAUCCACGCACGCCUCCUCUAGAAAACCAACACCGCCAACUGUUCAUAAUCUAUCCAUAAAACCAACACCAACCGCCACAAGUUCACCUAGGGGUACACCAGGAUUCAACCUAGAAACUACCACUAAAAACAAGAGCCCACAGAAAACCAAUUCUAAUUCAAUAGGGGCCAUAUUAAUUGCUUUAGUUCUGACUUCUAUGGUGGUAGCUAUAAUCGUGAUUGCAUUGUGGAAAUGCUUGCGAAAACCAGUGUCACGUGAUCAAAAUUGGGCAGGUAGGUCUCCAUUUGCUGAUGGUGAGACCCCUGACGUAUGUCUGGAUAACAUUAGAGAAAAUGAAGUGUUCCCAAAACGUACAUCAAUUGUUUCACUUAUGGCCUGGAAACCAAGCAAAAGCACACUUUUAGCAGAUGACUUAGAAAUUAAGUUGUUUGAAUCAAACGAAAACAUUGAAGAUUCUAACACUCCCAAAACAGAGAAAAUAAAAGAUCAGGCAAAUGGCACAUCAGAAGAUAGUGCUGAUGGAUCAACAGUUGGCACUGCUGUUUCCUCUUCAGAUGAUGCAGAUCCGUCUCCACCGCCUCCUCCCCCUCUUGAUUUGGAAGGACAGGAGAGUAACCAAUCUGACAGACCCACAGUGACAACUGUAUCUCCUCUUCCAAAUGAUUCCACCAAUCUCCCACCGUCUCUGGACUGCCUCAGUCAAGUCUGUGAAGAUCGUGAUUCUGAGUUCAAACAGUCAUUUCCACCUCCCCCUGACUCACUUAUUAACUUGACCCUGCCCCCAGGGGAUUUUAUGAAAAACCAGGAGAUCCAGUGUCAGCAGUUCCCUAGUCCUCCUGACUCUGAUCAAAAUCUCAAUGAAUCCCUGCCACCCCCACCUGCAGAACUGUUAUAACUACUACUUGCUUUUUAGCUGAUUUUCUAUUCUUCUCAA